GCUACCGAAGAAACAGAAUGUCUCCAUUAUUUCUCAUCGUUUUGAUAUUGCCAGGAUUGGCUUGGUCACGGAGCAUCGCAUUCGAAAAUCAAGUGGACGAUUACUUUCGACCAGAGCAGACCCACGAGCCAACCCCUGCUCCCGAUGCCUUGAAAGACCAAGAAACGACCCCUGUCCCUCACGGCUUGGGGCUUGUUAAAGACCAAGAGAAGUCGACCCCUGUCCCUGACGGCUCGGGGCAUGUUAAAGACCAGGAGGAUUCGGCCCCUGUCCCUCACGGCUCGGGGCAUGUUAAAGACCAAGAGGAGUCGACCUCCGUCCCUGACGGCUUGGGGCCUGUUAAAGACCAAGAGAAGUCGACUCCUGUCCCUGACGGCUCGGGGCAUGUUAAAGACCAAGAGGAGUCGACCUCUGUCCCUGACGGCUUGGGGCCUGUUAAAGACCAAGAGAAGUCGACUCCUGUCCCUGACGGCUCAGGGCCUGACCAAGAGGAGCCUACCCCUGUCCCUGACGACUCGGGGCCUGUAAAAGACCAAGAGGAGUCGGCCCCUGUCCCGGACGGCUCGGGGCCUGUUAAAGACCAAGAUGAGUCGGCCCCUAUCCCGGACGGCUUGGGGCCUGUUAAAGACCAAGAUGAGUCUACCCCUAUCCCUGACGACUUGGGGCCUGUUAAAGACCAAGAGGAGUUGGCCCCUGUCCCUGACAGGUCGGGGCCUGUUAAAGACCAAGAAAAGCCUACCCCUAUCCCUAUCGGCUUGGGGCCUGUUAAAGACCAAGAUGAGUCGACCCCUGUCCCUGACGACUUGGGGCCUGUUAAAGACCAAGAGGAGUUGGCCCCUGUCCUUGACAGCUCGGCGCCUGUUAAAGACCAAGAAGAGCCUACCCCUGUCCCUGACAGCUCGGGGCCUGUUAAAGACCAAGAUGAGUCGACCCCUGUCCCUGACGACUUGGGGCCUGUUAAAGAUCAAGAGGAGUUGGCCCCUGUCCCUGACAGGUCGGGGCCUGUUAAAGACCAAGAAGAGCCUACCCCUGUCCCUGACAGGUCGGGGCCUGUUAAAGACCAAGAUGAGUCGACCCCGGUCCCUGACAGCUUUGGCCCAGUUGACCACCAACAACCAAGCACGGAUUUUGAAGGUUUCCGCCCAUUGAAUGAAGCUUUGGAAGACAUCCCGGUGCUGGAAGUGGAAUGGGAUGCUGUGCAAGGCUUUGGCGACCCGGAAGAAUCUCUAGGGGGCUUCGAGGGUGACAUCUUGCUGACCGUUGAACAAAAAGAAGCGCUCUUGGAGAGAGCAUCUGGCAGGUCAAGGCGAAAUGCCGUCACCGACCUGACGAAUAAAUGGCCCAACAAUGAAUUGAUCUAUGAGAUCUCUCAGCAUGUCCGGGAAGACAAUCGGGCCACUGUCCUGAAGGCAAUGGAAUACAUUAAUUUCUUAACCGCAGACUGCGUGAGAUUCGUACCUUUCAGUGGCGAUGUGAAAGUCCAUCCAAACCGCGUCUACAUCCAGAACUCAAUGUUUUCGUGCGCUAGUUACAUUGGUCGGAUCCCGAGCCUGGAGAAACAGGAGCUGGUGCUGGCCCCGGGGCUAUGUUACAACCAGAUGGGCAGAGUCAUGCACGAGUUCAUCCAUGCGCUGGGAUUCUGGCACGAGCACUCCCGGGCCGACCGUGACGACUGGAUCUUCGUCAACGAGACUGCCAUUAGAAAGGGAGCCGAGUCUAAUUUCAUCAAGAACAGCCCGAGCCAGAUCGACCACCUCGACACCAAGUAUGACUACAACUCGGUGAUGCAUUACAAGGCGACUGCCUUCGCCGCCGAUUAUCACAACCCGACCAUCACCCAACUUCACGACACGGACAAGUACACCAUUGGUCAGCGGGAUUAUCUCAGUGCCAAAGAUCUCAUUAAGAUCAGGAGGUUCUAUGGCUGCGAGUAGAGGCUUCUGGCAGACUGCAUGGGCAGAGUCUGCCUGCUAGAUUCCACCGCCAAGCCCCCUGCGUCAGAAAGAUGUUUUGACAUUCCUUCAAGCUGAGCUUACAAGGUGAUAUUGAUAUUGAAUAAAGAUAUUCGGCUUAUCA